AUGGAAACUUGGGUAGUUAACCGUGAGCAAUGUGUGUAUACAUCGUGCUAUUGUGAAGAAAACAUUUGGAAACUUUGUGAAUGUUGGAAAAAUAAUGAUCCGAAUCAUUUGAAUUCUCUCUAUGCUGUAUUUAUUUCUAAUGCGCAAAGAAUAAUACCGAUUUGGGAACAAAAAUCUGCUUCCAAUAGUGAACAUCUUGCUAUAUGGGAUUAUCAUGUCAUCUUAAUUGAUAAAUCUUCAUCGUCCACUGCUAUCUAUGACUUUGAUUCUACACUUUCGUUUCCUGUAUCUGCAACCGAUUAUGUUCAACAAGCUAUUCGUGAUGAAACAAAUAUAGCGCAUAUGUAUCAUCGCCUGUUUCGUGUAAUAUCAGCUCAAGAAUAUCUUGAUACAUUUGCAUCAGAUCGUUCACAUAUGCUUAAAGAAGAUAAAAUAACAUACAUGGCAUCACCACCAUCAUAUCCAGCGAUCUCUAACGAAAAAUCAUUAAAUAAUAUCAAUGAAUUUAUUGACAUGAAAUCAAAAAAUGUACCUGGAACUGUAAUGAAUUUAGCUGAUUUUUGUCGAUUUUUACGAGUCAGAACCUAA